GGAAACGGUUGACCUUUUGGUAAAUGCGUCCGGUUUUCCGUACGUUCCAAAGCCGCGUGGGGGCGACGCCAAAAGAAUUAUCGGGUGAGAGAGCGAGGAAUGUCGCCCCCUUUCCACCCAAUUCUAGGGUUCUCCAUGGGCGACGACGGCCUCGUGGAUCGAGGCGUAGGAUUUGGGGUUGGGCUCCGAUCCCUGCGCUGAGGGCGUCUCCCCCACCAUACCAUGUUCGACCCUUGCCCUCGCGAUGCCUUGGUGGAACCGGAAGAGCGCCGUCUCGCCCUCCUCUUCCUCUUCGUCCCCCUCGUCCGCCGCCUCCUCCCCCGGCGGCGGCGCAAUUGGCCGUAGCCGUGCGAGGGACCUCUACCUCCCGUGGAGCCGCCGCGUUGCCGUUUCUGCCGCCGGCCCCGUCUCCGCGGGCUCGACGCCGGUGUCGCGCUCGCCCAGCAAUCUUGACUGCAAUCCGAUCCGAUCGUCGUCGUCGCCGGUGCUUCUGCCGCAACCUCUUCCCUUGCCGGAGUUGGUGGCCGCAGCGGCGGCAGCCACAUCCCCUCGUCCGGAGUCCACGUCGGCACCGUCGUUGGGUACGGCGCUCUCGCCCACCAACUCUGUGUGCUGCCCGCUGCCUUCUCCCAGAGAUGCUUCAAGUAGAUGGGAGGACGAAGCUAAUCAUUCAGCUACGGAGUCUUCCUCCGUCGUGGAGCCGAUCAAUGACAGGGUUGCUUCAGCUGGUGUAGCAGGAAGUAGGUCGCCUUAUCAGAAUUCACACAGAAGUCCAGAGCUUAGUGAUAUAUCAUUGAAUGGAUCUACAUUUAGACGUAACAGAAGGAUGUUUCAAGGUCCAAAUUCUGUUGGAGCUGUUAACUUCAGGCUGAAUAUACCUGCCAAAAGUGCUCCAACUAGCGGGUUCUCAAGUCCUGUACGUAGUCCUUUAUGUAGCCCUCGGAGAUUGAGUAAUGUAGACUUUUCCACUUUUACUAUUGCAACUCCAGGGCUUCAAGUCUGGUCAGCUCCAGAGAUCCCAUCCACAGAAAUGGUGUCAGUUUUUUCUCCACAGACCUCACCUGAAAAAAUGGUUGGCAGUCCUGAUCUAUCACCACUCUACAGUCCAAAUACUAAAAGUCCUGUCUUAAGAUCCAGAAAUCCAAGUGGACCAUCGUCCCCAUUGCACACAAAGCUGUUUCCAGAGAACUCUGGUACAUGGCAUGAGAACAGUGGAAACAUUAGUGUUCAUCCACUUCCUUUGCCUCCAGGAGCUUCAUCUCCUUCGCAAUCAGGUUUUUCUCAUCAGAAUGCAGCAAAAGCUGAUGCAAUGCCAAUGACAAAUCAGUGGCAGAAGGGAAAGCUUAUUGGAAGUGGCACAUUUGGGAAUGUUUAUGAAGCCACCAAUAGACAAACUGGAGCUUUAUGUGCAAUGAAAGAAGUUAAUAUAAUUCCUGAUGAUGCCAAGUCAGCUGAAUGCAUAAAGCAGUUGGAACAGGAAAUAAAGUUUCUUAGCCAAUUUAAGCAUCCAAAUAUCGUGCAAUAUUAUGGGAGUGAAACAAUUGAUGAUCGGCUCUACAUAUAUCUCGAAUAUGUUCAUCCUGGUUCAAUUAAUAAAUAUGUACGCCAGCAUUGUGGAGCUAUGACAGAAUCAGUUGUCCGCAAUUUCACUCGUCAUAUUCUUAAAGGGCUGGCCUACUUGCAUGGAAAAAAAAUAAUGCACAGGGAUAUAAAGGGAGCAAAUUUGCUUGUUGACGUGCAUGGCGUUGUCAAGCUUGCUGACUUUGGUAUGGCAAAACAUUUAAAUGGGGCAGCUGGGGCUCUUUCAUUAAAGGGAUCACCAUAUUGGAUGGCUCCAGAGGUAGUGCAGGCUACAAUGAACAAGGAUAUUGGUUAUGAUUUUGCUGUUGACAUUUGGAGCUUGGGUUGUACCAUCAUUGAGAUGCUCACAGGAAAACAUCCUUGGAGUGGUUUAGAAGGCGCUGCAGCUAUGUUCAAAGUCUUGCAUAGAGACCCACCAAUACCUGAUUCAUUGUCCAAUGAGGGCAAGGACUUUCUGCGGUGUUGCUUUCGGAGGAAUCCUGCAGACAGGCCAACAGCCAACAUGUUGCUUGAACAUCAAUUCGUAAAGCACUCCCACCACUACAAUGUUCAUGGUUCUCUACAGGCAUUUGCAGGGAUUAAAAUUAUAGAUAAUAGUAUCAGUCCACGAGACAAAAGUAAAUCAAGAAGCGAAUCUUGUGUGAAAGGAAAACACCCAACUAAUGGGGAAUAUGGUCGCUCUCAUCCUGAAACUUCUGAGGCAGCAACCUGUCGCACUUCACUUCGUUCUGCACCUGAAAUUGCUUCUAGUUCAUCUGCUUACACAAAUUAUACUAUACUGAGUUCAGCUGGCUCUUCUGUGAAUGUUCUGAAUGGCGUGCAUUCGGCUGCUGGAAUUCUCCAGCCCUACGUGUUACCCAGGCCUCACGCGAAAGAAGCUGUGGAUCUCUCUUGAUAUGACUGCUGUGCAGGGUCAGGCCCAACUUGUUCUGAAAUCACAGCUCCUGUUUUUUCAAUCUGAGACUGAGAAGGUAUUUGCUUUUAACCACGAUGGUGCGGGGGCUUUGUAAAUGGUGGCCUGUGGAUCCUCCAAAUUAGCUUGGUCGAUGUAUGCAUCUUUUGCAGUCUGGAUGGAGAGCUGCCUGUUGUAUGCUACUUGUGUUGUGUUCAAUAGUGAAGCAAAAUUCAGGUGGACAAAGUUCCCAAUGUGAUUGUUUGAUAGCUAGUCUGUACCUCUCUAUACAGCAAUUGAAAGUAAGAGAUUGAAGGGUUAUAGUUA